AUGUCUUUCAUUCAGACACAGCGCCAGGUCCUUUUGGCAACACGGUACCGUCUACUGAGGCUGAAUUCGACAGGCAAUGCUCGCCUUUUCUCAGCAACGACCGCUUCUGUGAAACGAGCACAACAUAUUUCCUGGCAUCACAAUCGACGGAAGUUGUACGGUGUUGCGGGUAUCGCUUUCACUGGCGCUGUGUUGUUUUCCACGAUACAGGAUACUGACGGUCAAGCUGAGGAGAAAGGCGACCGCAAUUCCCUAUCGAAAAUUCCCUUGUCGAAGCUCAUUUCGGGAUGGAUUGCUUUUGCUUUCUGUUCCUCUCCGACUUGGGUAGACCUCAGCGAGAAUAUGUACAACUUCCUUUCACACAUACCGAUUCUAUCCUCUGUUAUCGAUGCCAUUAUUAUGCGGACAUUCUUCAAUCAAUUUCUCGGUGGUGAAUCGAUCUUGGAAUGUAUUCCAAAGAUUCAAGCGCUCCGGCAGCAACAGAUCGGUACUCUUCUUGGAUACAAUGUAGAGGCAGACCUGAAUGGAUCAAGAAAGGAUCCACAGCUCAUUGCUCAGCAAAUAGAGCAUAUUAUUGCAUCUAUCGAGACUCAGGGCAAGCUUGCUCGUCAGUUCUGGCUACAAGCCUCGUCUACUGGAGGUGAUAACCGGUGCUGGGUCCGUAUCAAGGUGACUGGUCUCCUUCCUGACCCUACUGCACUCUACCAUGGCUCGAAUGCUAUAUUGCAGAGGAAAAGAGAAAGAGGACUAGAUAAUAAUGUCCCUUACCCAGGGCUACCACAAGAUGGAGACUGGGAGGCGGCAUUAGGGGGUGUGAUUGACGUGGAUCGGCUACAGCUCAUGGCUUUGCGCAGCACACUCGAAACGAUUGCUAGCAAGGCACGGGAGAACAACGUGCGCAUUGUAAUUGAUGCAGAGCAAACUUGGUAUCAGCCUGUGAUAGACAGUCUGACCGAUGAAUUAAUGCAGAAAUACAACUCUCUGGAUGGGCCGGCUACGUGUAUCGCAUCGUUCCAAGCCUAUCUCCGCCGAUACCCUGUUCUACUGGAUCAGCAAAUCAAGCGAGCUGAUGAGAAGGGAUACAAACUUCUCUUUAAGCAGGUAAGAGGCGCCUACAUGGUAAGCGAAGCCGCCCGGUGGGAGAAGGAGCAAAGAGCAGGGCCAGGUCCUGUUUGGGCAACAAAGGCAGAAACAGACGCCAGCUACAACUACGGGAUUAGGAAGACCCUAUCCACGGUCGCUGAGCAAAUUCGGCGUGACGGUCAUUCGAGGAUCAGCGUCGUCUUUGCAACACACAAUUCCAAUAGCAUAGACUUGGCGACUAACGUGCUCGAAGAGGAGGGACUGGCAAGACGAGCCGAUGAUGACACGAAGCUUGUCUUGUCAGGACAAGCGGCAGGAGCCAUUGCCUUCGCACAGCUAUACGGUAAGCCAACUAUCUUGCCCGUAGAUAGCAUCAACAUGGCUACAUACCUAAUUAUUUAA